UCACGCAUAACAGCUGAGUCUGCUCAGCUGGUACUGACUGUUCGAGCUUGCGGUAAAAAGUUAUGAAUUUUAUUAAAAAGGUAACAACACGGGUGCUGCCAAUGGCUGAAUCCCACCUCAGUCUUGGCAAUAAUUCAGCUCUGCACACUAGCGCGGUUUGCUGUCGCGUGCAGUCUGGACGUUACCGCAUAACCGUGAAACGGGACAGGCCGCUCACCUACGAAAUGGCCAAUCCGCCGCAUUUUAUUGGACACCGCAAGUCAUGGAAUUCAUGGAACACAUCUACGUUGAAGGAUGCCUUGCGGCCAUCACAAACAGCCAUUGAGGAUGUGUUCAUUCGCAAAUUUAUAACUGGAACAUGGCAUGCCCUUGUAUGCUCCGAAAUUAUUAUUAAGCGACAACACAAUAUGAUACGCAUUGCUGCCAUAAUACGACAGGCUAUCCACCCACGCAAAAUGUACUUCCUCAUUGGUUAUACGGAGGAGCUUCUGUCUUAUUGGAUGCAAUGCCCUGUCACGCUCGAGCUUCAGACGGUGGCCGAUAAGAAAGACGUGGUCUUCAAAUACAUUUAGUUCAUAUACCUUUUUACUUGUUGCGCCAAUACAUUAAUACUAAUAGAACAUA